GUGAGCGAAUGCGUGCGACGUGUGGCAGAGGCUGUCGUGAACGCAGGGGCCCGCAACAAGUGGGUCCAUUUUCCAAAGACAGCCGAGGAAAAGGCAGCCGUGAAGGAGGGUUUCCUUCGGCGCGGCGUUAUCCCCGGCGUCAUCGGAUGCGUAGACGGCAGCCUCAUAGCCAUCAUCGCACCCAAGGGUGAGCGCAAGGCUGUGUUCAUGUGCCGCAAGGGAUACUACGCCCUCAACUGCAUGUUCAUCUGCGACGCGGACAUGAAAAUCUUGGCCUUGGACCCUAUGCGACCGGGGUCGGACCACGACGCUUUUGUCUGGCGGACGACAUGGUUGCGCCGGCGGUUCCAAGCGGGGCGCAUCGUGAAUGCCGGGGAAUACCUCCUCGGUGACAGUGGCUACCCCUUGGAGCCGUGGCUCCUGACCCCGGUUCCUGGCCGUCCUCCAGUGCACACAGCCGAGGGGCAGUACAACACAGCACAUGCCGCCAUGCGUUCCGUAGUGGAGAGGUGCAUUGGGCUCUUAAAGAGCCGUUUCCGCUGUCUUCAGCGAUAUCGCACCCUCCUCUACGAGCCGGAACGUGCAGCCAACAUUGUCGCGGCAUGUGCUGUGUUGCACAACCUUCGCCUUUCUGAAGGCGACGAGUCAGGCGAUGACAGUGAUGACGACAGCAGCAGCAGCAGUAGUAGUAGUGAGCUUGACAAUAACGGCGACCCCACGCCACACAGUCUGCCCCGUAACACGGGCUCUAGAAUGCACUACUUGAGAGGGCGGGCUGUUCGCGACAAUGUCAUUGGCAUGUUUGGCACAACCCGUGCGCAGCACAUGCGUUAUUUGAGGAGCGUGCGGAGGCAGCUGCGACGUCAACAGCAGCGUCAGCAUCGUUAGGUGCAUGCACACAGUUUUAAGUAAUUGCAUUGUGCAUUUCAUGCUGUGAAAUUGCAGAUACAUUUCCCGUGCUAAGUUGUAGUUGAUGUCUGCGUAAUGCAAAGCAUUCAUGAUUUGUUGAGAAAUGUAAAAGUUGUUAAAAAAAUUAAAUUAUGGGGUUUUACGUGCCAAAACCACUUUCCGAUUAUGAGGCAUGCCGUAGUGGAGGGCUCCGGAAAUUUCGACCACCUGGGGUUCUUUGACGUGCACCUAAAUCUAAGUACACGGGUGUUUUCGCAAUGCAGCCGCCGUGGCCGGGAUUCGAUCCCUCGUGCUCAGCAGCCUAACACCAUAGCCACUGAGCAACCACGGUGGGUACAUAAAAGUUGUGUAGUGAAGGGUUAUGUAAAGCCUGCACUUAUAGUAAGUAAAACAGUAUCGUUAGAGGUAACAUAUGAGAUUGAAAGCAAGCUAAAAAUAAGUGUCUGCCACAAUUUGCUUGCUGCUGCUGUCGUCAUCUAGAUGCAUGUAGCCUGAUUCUUACUCGUAUCCCCUUACGCAUUGAUGGACAUAAGCACCUGUCUCCUCACUUUCUACUAGCACAGAGAAGCUCACAGAAGCCAAGAUGUACAGCGCACGUCACACCUUCCGCUCCAUGGAACGUGCUGUUGCACGCGCAGCUUCUAGGUCCUCCACCAUUUUGUCUCGCAACAACGGCAAAGUUCCUUUCGAGUGACGAAAAUGCCGUCGAACUGGUCAUCCGACAUGUCAAACGCUGUGGCUCCCGCGAAGUGUGUGCACGCACGAGCAGAGUAAUAUUUGUACAGUGCAAGCUAGCACUAGGUAAAUAAAAGCACUAGAGGAAAACUGCA